CAAAAGUACUUACACGGAUAUGUUUCAAGAGUAGAGUUUAGAAUGGCUGAGAUCCUUGAAGAUAAGACUGAAGCUGACAUCGAUCGCAGCUUGGAUCAACAGAGUUUCGGUGUAGCGCAGUUUGAAGUCUUUACCCAUGAAUACCGAGAAAAUAAAGAGGCUCCGCAAUGUGAAGAUCAUAGCUCUCACAAUGGCGGUUGUGGAAAUCCCUCAUCGAGCGGCGAGUACAAAAAGCGAAUCACGAACCUCUCAAGGAGACUGCAAAAAGCUCUCAUCUCUCUGCAAAGGAUGCCUGAUAGCGAAGUGAUAAAGGAUAUGCUUGACAAAAUGAAGGAAGUAAACGACAGACUGAAUGAGCUAUUAAAGCAGCAACAAGCAGAAUUUUCUACAAAAACUGUACCGCUGCCUGAGUACGAUUCUACAGAUAUGGAGCUGUUCCUGGGGAAAGAAGAAGUACCUCCUUCUAAAGCACCAUUCGAAGAGGUUUUAGAGCUUGAGAAGCAAGAGAAAGAACAAUUGAAUUCGACACUGUUCGAAGCAGAGACUUUGCUGCAAGAAUAUGAGCACAUAAAGCACGGUAUCAAAGCAUAAUGUGAUUCGCUUAUGUGGCAUUUGAGUCUAGUACCUCCUAAUCUAUCAGAUUUCAGUUAAUGGUUUAUUUACCCUAUUUUCCGGCUUAUAAGCCGCGCCUUAUAUAAGCCGCACCCGCCGC